AUUGUCGUCGCGAAGCGCAGCCAACUUUAGUUACGUCGCUGUCACGAAUUGCAAUUUUUAUAUAUCAAAAAAAAAGGUUUAAUCACUGUUUGGGAGGCCUGUAAAGUGUCAGCCAAGUUAUAAAUACGGGCCAAUUUAGCUGGAAAUAAAUUUUCGUUGCGAGUAUAAUUGAAAUAUUUAAGCAACGGAGGACAACGAAGAGAAAUUCCCAUAAAUUUAUUUAGCAGAAAUAACAAGCAGCAUAACAAGCAUUUCAAUUUUGAUUAGAGGUUUUUGGCAGACAACAAAGCUAACAAUUACUACUACAACAGACACAUCAAAACACAGUAAAAAUGACAUCGCUGGAUCAAAAUCGCUUGCAAAACUUUAAAAACAAAGGAAAGGAUCAAGAUGAGAUGCGACGUCGCCGCAAUGAGGUGACUGUUGAGCUGCGCAAAAAUAAGCGCGACGAGACAAUUUUGAAGCGUCGCAAUGUGCCCAACCUGGACUCGAACACAGAUGAGGAUGAACAGUUGCCCAACACCAUAAAUUUGAAAAAGCUUGCCAUGGCCGCCGCUGAUCUUUCGAAGCCGGAGCAACAGUUGGCCGCCGUUCAAGCGGCACGCAAAUUGUUAUCAUCCGACAAGAAUCCACCCAUCAAUGAUUUAAUCAAUAGCGAUAUAUUGCCCAUUCUAGUUGAUUGCCUGAAGCAACAUAAUCACACAAUGCUCCAAUUUGAAGCCGCAUGGGCAUUGACCAACAUUGCAUCAGGCACUUCCGAUCAAACCAAUCAGGUGGUUGCAGCUGGAGCCGUGCCGCUCUUUCUUCAAUUGCUGAAUUCACCCGCACCGAAUGUCUGCGAACAAGCCGUAUGGGCACUGGGCAAUAUCAUUGGUGAUGGUCCCAUGUUGCGCGACUAUGUCAUUAAGCAUGGCGUUGUGCAGCCGCUGUUGUCGUUCAUUAAACCGGAUAUACCCAUAUCUUUCUUGCGCAAUGUCACCUGGGUGAUUGUGAAUUUGUGCCGAAACAAGGAUCCGCCGCCACCAGCAGCGACAAUACACGAAAUCCUGCCCGCACUCAAUGUGCUGAUCCAUCACACUGAUACAAACAUCCUCGUCGAUACGGUCUGGGCCAUUAGCUAUUUGACCGACGGGGGAAACGAUCAAAUUCAAAUGGUUAUCGAUAGCGGCGUUGUGCCCAAGCUGAUACCGCUGCUGGGCAACAGCGAAGUGAAGGUGCAGACGGCAGCAUUGCGGGCUGUGGGCAACAUUGUCACCGGUUCGGAUGAACAGACACAGGUGGUGCUCAAUUUCGAGGCAUUGUCGUAUUUCCCAGCACUGCUGUCGCAUCCAAAGGAGAAGAUACGCAAAGAGGCUGUGUGGUUCCUCUCCAACAUCACCGCUGGCAACGAGUCACAGGUACAGGCUGUCAUCAACGUCGGCCUGCUGCCGAAAAUCAUUGACAACCUGAGCAAGGGCGAAUUCCAAACGCAGAAGGAAGCCGCCUGGGCUAUAAGUAAUCUAACCAUUAGCGGCAGACCCGAACAGGUGUUCACAUUAAUAAAGGAGGGCGUCAUUCCGCCUUUCUGCGAUCUGCUCUCGUGCCAGGAUACACAAGUGAUCAAUGUUGUGCUCGAUGGUCUCAAUAAUAUGCUCAAAGUGGCCGCAUCACAUGUCGAGGAGGUGGCCAAUUUGAUUGAGGAGUGCGAGGGUCUAGCCAAAAUUGAGCGCCUCCAGAACCAUGAGAACGUUGAAAUUUACAAGCUGGCAUACGAAAUUAUCGAAAAAUACUUUACCGAGGGCGAGCAAUCUAACCUGGCACCGACCUCCGAUGGCACAGAAUACAACUUUGAUCCGAAUACAGAGAAACUACCAAUGAACUCGUUCAACUUUUAACUCCACGGACGAGCAAAGAAAAACAAAUACACAACCAAUCUGUGUAUACUCCAUUGAUGAUAGCAUAUAGCAAUAAGAUUUCGAGCGAUACUCUGUGCCCAUUCAACACCAACAACAACAAAAAUAACUAAAACAACACCAGCUCUGACAGCAAAAAGGAAAAUAUGCACAUUCUAUAUGACAGCUUGGUUAUAUAUACAAUAACAACAUACAUACACAUUAACUACAGAUAAACGUAAAAUCGUUGCAGCAAUCGACCCUUUUCAACUUCUGUGUUAACAUUUAUACGUGCAUACAUAAAUAAUGUAUGUAAAUAUAUAUAUAUAUAUAACAAUUCGAUGGAAAUAAUUAAUUUGUUGAACUUUUGUCUGAUGCAUGUUGCAAUAGUAAAAUCCUUUAUUUUAGUUAUUUAUGUUUUCCAACAAUUCAGUUUGUUCCAAAUUUCAUAGUAGAUAUCUUCCAUAUAUAUAUAUUUAUAUAUUUCACUAAACGGGCUACAAAGGCGCAAGCGAAAUAUUGCAACUGCAACAAACAAAAAUGUGCUAAACACAGCAAACAACAACAAAUACAACAAAAACACACAGGAAAAGAUAAAAAUUGUAGAACUAUUUGAUUUGUAAUGAAUAAUUUUAUUGAAAUGUACGCCUUUGAUUUGUAAUUUAAAUUACAUAAACAUUUCUAACAUGAAAAACGAUAAGAACACAGCA